UCUCCCUAUGACUCCAGUGGAAGUGUGUAUCGAAACGACAUGCGUCCGUUUUGUGCAUCAGUGUCCAGUUCAGUGCAGUGUCACCCUUUAGAAAAUUAGGCGAAAGGAAGGAAAAAGUCAUUUGUAUUUUUAUUUCGGCCGUGAGACAAGGAGCGAAUUUUCAUUUUUGUCCAGCUCCUAUUUUUGGCUUUAUUUGUUUUCCGAAGAAACGAGAGGAGAAUAUAUAUAAAGGAGGAAUAUUAACGUGAAUGCACUAUGUGUUCAGUGAGUGUUUGAUUUUUUGUUUUGUGAAAUGAAACGUGAGAUCGUAGGUCCCAAAUGAAGAGUUUAGAACACGAUGGUUAGGGAGACUCGUCACCUGUGGGUCGGAAACCUCCCGGAGAACAUCCGAGAAGAUCGCAUCAGAGAUCAUUUCAAAAGGUAUGGGCGAGUACAGAGUGUCAAACUCCUUGGCCGAAGCAGCAAGGACGAGGAGAACAGUAGUGGCGGUGUCUGCGCCACUGUGUCAUUUAUGGACAUCAAAUCUGCUGCAAAGGCUCACCAUUCGGAGCAGAAGCUGGACGAGAGGGUCCUCACGACGGAGUACCACGAACCUGCGGCCAUCCCAGGGCCAAGCCAGGUUUACGGUCCAUCCACGGCGACGACCAAUUCAACGUCUACUCCGAGAUUCUCGACCCACGGGGGUUCUGAGGAUUUGAGCGGAAGUUUCGAAAGAUCUAGUCAUUUUUACGAGCGAAGCGAAAGGAGCGAGGGAAGCGGAGGAAGCAGCUAUCUGAGGAGAAGCGGAACCGCUUCAGCCACUACUGGGGGAUACCACACGACAGAAUCCAUAUCCAGGAGUAGAGCGAGGGAUAGGAUCUACAGGAACGGACCUUAUACCCCUCUUAUAGAAAGGGACUCUAAACAGAGGAUAGGAGAACCGAGGAAAUCGUCGGAGAACGAUGAGCUCGUGAGGCACAGCCGAGUUGUUGGUAGGAAUCAGAGCAGUCACCAUAGAGUGGGCUCAUCCUGGGGUUACGAUAGUCCCAGCCCAAGAUAUUCAAGCCAAGUACCCUCGACACCUGAACUCCCCUAUAGUGAGGAAAGACGAGAAACAACUCCCGUUGUACAUAAAAAACACUCAAAAUCUAGUAUAUCUAGGAGGUCAGGAAGUGAUACAGGGUCAAAUUCUGGUUCAAGCAGAUCAAGAUCAAGCUCAGCGUCGAGUCACUCUGGUUCAAGUACUUGCUCGACUGCAUCUUCAUCACCUACAUCUGAGAAAUCUUGUUCACAACACAGCCAACAAAGUACGUUAAGGAGUGGACCUCAGUCUGCUCUAACGGUGACACAUACCAACUCCAACAGUCCGGCAGUUCAUUCCGAUGACAGGAGGCCACUUGCGAUUUGUGUGCGGAACCUUCCUGCUCGGUCAUCAGAUACGAGCUUAAAAGACGGUCUAUACCACGAAUACAAAAAACACGGGAAGGUGACCUGGGUCAAAGUGGUGGGCCAAGGGAUUGAUAGGUAUGCCCUGGUAUGUUUUAAGAAACCAGAAGAUGUAGACAAAGCCCUCCAAGUCUCGCAUGACAAAUUGUUCUUUGGAUGUAAGAUAGAAGUUGCCCCAUACCAGGGAUAUGAUGUCGAUGAUAAUGAAUUCAGGCCGUUUGAAGCAGAGCAAGAUGAGUUUCAUCCAAAAGCAACUCGAACGCUUUUUAUUGGAAACCUUGAAAAAGAUAUUACAACACAAGAAAUACGCAAGCAUUUUGAACAAUUUGGAGAAAUCAUUGAUAUUGACAUAAAGAAGCAAGGUACGUCUUCUUCAUAUGCUUUUUGCCAAUUUUCCGACAUAGGGAGCGUAGUGAAAGCAAUGAGGACCCUUGACGGGGAGCACAUAGGGAGUAACCGGAUUAAACUCGGUUUUGGUAAAUCCAUGCACACAAAUUGUGUCUGGGUCGACGGGGUCUCAGACACAGUUUCAGAAAAGUACCUGAGUCAACAAUUUGGACAAUUUGGCCCUGUGACACAUGUUGUUAUAGACAGAGUCCGAGGACAUGGCCUUGUCUUCUUUGAACAAAUUACUUAUGCGCAACAAGCAGUGAAAGAAAUGCGAGGCGUUGUGCUUCGAGGGAGAAAGCUUCAAGUAGAUUACGCCUCGAGAGAAUGCCAAGAAGCAUUUUACGACCGAUUGGAAAAGCAGUCUAAUACAAAUCAUCCAUCUUUUGAAAACAAUGUUCAAGCUUCUCCGCAAAGCACGGUUUCAACGAGUUCGAGGGUAUUUGAUAGUCAGACUGUUUCUUCAGCCGCACCAAGUGCACCGAGUAGCGCACGUUUUACGGGUACUCCGACUGCAAUCGGCACCAGUAAUAGAUAUUCAAGUAGUGGGGCUGCAUCAAGAUCAUAUUCCAGGCCUGCGGUGACAUCACCAGCAACAUCAAACACUGCUUCUCCGUCUACGUCUAUACGUUCCUCACGGCAUUCGACUUCACAAAGGUUCGAGUUUUCUGAAUACAUCAAUGAACGGCGAUCCUAUAGGAGUUAUGAAGAUUCAAAUAUGGAAGAUGGACCUUCAUUGCCACCCUCUACAGCUUCAACUACUACUGGACCUGGAACAGGUGAUAUUAGGCACUUGCAAAAGGAAAGAGUAGCACUUCUAGAACAACUAGAAGAUUGUCCAAGCUCUGGAGAAGAGGGUGCUGGAAGAAGAAGGUGUAAACAUAGGAGAAGCCAGAGUGGUGAUGGUAGUAGACCGGGUACCCCUCUCUGUGAUGAAAGGCCCGAAAAUUUACCCCCCAUGGAGCCUAGGAGAGCACCGAGAGAAAGGCCACCCGAUCCACUGUCUUUACCACUCCCAAGGUUUGCAUCCCAGGUGUUGUCUCCAAGGCCUGCACCACCUAGUCCUCCAGCAUCUCCACAGACCCCUCAUUCCUCGUCUUCGGACUCCGAGCCUUCUCCUCCCCCACCCGAGUGGGAAGAAAGGCUGCGUUCCUUAGACGAGAAAUAUGAAAAGUGGACCGGUUCAAGAACAGGUAUGACAAAAGUUGAUCCUUCCACAUUAAAAGUGCGGCACAUCAAGUUACUAGAUCUUGAUCUUCAUGAUCUGCAACCCUCGGACAUUGUCAAAUCUGUCCUUGCCAAGAGAUCGGUGUUUGAUGAAGACUCAAAGAGAUUGGAGAACUUUAGUGACAAGUAUGAACCAAGGGAAUUCGUUCCUACGAGCAGGACGAAUGUUCUCAGGAGGUUGGAUAUGUCUCCUUUGACUUCUCCUGUAAGUAAAUCCCCAGGGCUUCAAUAUCCAUUUCCUAGCCAUCCACCAGCCCAGUUGUCAGGUUCUGUGGUCACAGCCAGUACUCCUGCCCAGCCGGCGUUAACGCUGGCAUCUGAGAUGAAACAGAAUACGACGCCAACAUUCCUCUCUAAUUGUUCCCGCCUUCUUCAACCAAAGAUUUUUCCUUCUCCCUCAACUCCUAUUGAAACUAGUCCGAGACCGUCCACGCAACCACCGGACAAGUUCAAAAACAAAUGUCCUCUUCCUAUCUCACAAACAAUUAAGAAGGAUCUCCCUACAUCACUCAAAUCCAAACCGUGCCCUCUGCGAAGGGAUAGUGUGGAUGAGAAAGCCGAACUGCGAAGAAAAUCUCGUGACGAGAUGAUUCCGGACAGUGCAAUUAAAAAAGAUGACACUAGUGAAAGUGAUAAAGUGAAAGACGCUCAAGUUUGUGAAAGGCGAAAAAGUGCGAUAGAAAAAAGGAGGAACAGUGUAGAGAGCAAAGACUCUGUAGCUAAAGACAUUGUUUGUGAUAGGCCUAAGGACAUAGUUAGUGAUAAUAAACGAGAUGAAAAAGAGAGGAGACGAAUUAGUUCUGAAUUAGAUAUAUCGACAGAUAUGGAAACUAUUAAACAAAAAAAUGAUCUUAAAAAAUUUAAUCAGACUGAAUCUAUAGAAAAAUCUAAUGACAGUUUAAGAAGUAAUGAACAAGAAAAACUGAAGAAAUCGAGCGACAACUUUGAAAGGCGGAAGGAUAAUGAGUCUGUCUUAAGGCACAACUCGACCGAACUUUAUGACAAGAAGAAAGAUACUUUCGUUGUCAAUGCUGAAAGGGACAAGAGGAGAGCCAGGGAGAGUACUGAUAGUUCAAACGACAAUCCCAAACAUAAAAAAGUACCUGAUAAAAAUAAAGCAAACGAUAGAAAGAAAGAUGUAUUUUUGGAGAAUAACUUUGAUGCGUAUAUCGACAGAUUAAAGGAAGAUAAUUCAAAAACUAAAGACGAGAAAAAGAAUGAUUUCACUGACAGCAAAUUUAAACAUCACAGAGAUAGUAAGUCGAAAGAAGAUAAUUCUGAAAACUGUCGUUUGAAGGAGGACAAGAAAAGGGAAUAUGAAUUUCACGAUCGGCACAAGAGUACCGAUAAAAAAGAUGGACAUCGAAUAAAGGAAGACAAGAAAACUGAAGAUGUGUUAGAUGGGCCAAAACAAAAAGAAGACCACAAGAAAGAUGAAUGGAACGACAGUGUAAAAUCAUCUAAAGAUGAAUACUCAAGUCUCAGAAAGGAAAAAGAGCAAAAUGAUCGAAAAAAGGAGGAAAAAGAACAGAAAAGGAAGGAAAGAGAGUUACACGCUGCCAAAAAGGAAAUAGAGGAAAGGCGGAGAGAUAGGGAAGAAAAAGAAAAAUCUAAAAAGAACAAAGAUUUUGACAUUCAUGAGACCAAAGUCAAUGGUGAUCAUGAUGGUGAGUACAGUCUCGAUCCCAUCGAAUGUAGAAAAACAUCAAUAACAUAUGAAGGUAAUGAACUGAGACUUGAGUCUGCUAAAAAAGAAAAGAGAAGGGACAAAACAUCUUGGCCUGCAACCAUUGGAUGUAAAAGAAGGUUAAGUUCGCAAGACAGCCUCGACAUUUCUGAAGAUCCCAAGAGGAGUAAACCUGAAAGGAGAGACUCCAAGGACAGUGGGAGAAGCAGUGGAAGCAGCAGAAAGGGUAGUGGCGAAAAACAUAAUAAUAAAGGUUUUACAAAACUGCUCGAAGAAAAGAUCAAAGAAGACAAAGAAAGAGAAAUGCGAAAGAAGGAUGAACAGGAAACUCGACAAGACGAGGAAAAGGUUCUUAAACCAGCACCACGCAAGGAAAAGCGUAACAGCGGUGAGAAAAGAAAAGAAGAAAGAAAAUUUAAGAUUCGUGUUAGAGAAAAUGGAACUGCUAGUGACAGUGAUUUAGGCAGUGGAGACGAAGAAAGUAAAGCACGAAAACGUCAGCAGCAUUCCAUUUUUGACAUAGUAGAUGAUGAACCUGCUUACAUCUCGAUGUAUGACAAAGUGAAAGCAAGAUCUACCAAAAACAUGCAGAAACAGGAAGAAGAAAAAAGGCAAGAAAAACUGAAAGAAAAGUUUCACCAACUUAAACAAAGCAGAGCAAAGAGAGAAGAAAAGAAACGAUCGACUUCUUAUGAUGAGGAUUCUGAUUCUGAAAAAGGUAGUAUUAGACGCAACAAGCUUUUGCUUACAAGUUCUGAGGACGAUGGAGGAUCAGAAGGAGACAUAAGAAGUAGAAGCAGAAAAAUACUUUAUGACACUUCCGAAGAUGACAUGAUAGUUUCAUCCAGAAAAAAUACAUAUGUUUUUGAAAAUGAUAAAUGCAAUAGAAAAAUCAUUUCUGAUGUUUCUGAGGAUGACACUGUUAUAAAACGCAUUCCAAAUAAGGUAAAGACAUCAAGAAACAUUUCAUUUGAUUCAGAACCAAAAACAAGAAAAAUAAUGUCUGACACGUCCGAAGAUGAUAAUUCCAGGCUAAUGACAACACCUAGGAUAAUGAAACCGAUUAGGAUUCAUUCAGAUGAUAGUGAAGGAGACUUGGGUUUUGAAGACUCAAUAAGAACUGAUCCUACUAAAGAAUUUGCUCUCAAUGAAAUAUAUUCUAAUAGACCGGAAGUAGCGAACCGUUACAAAAAUGAAACUAAUAAUAGUGAACUCACAAACGAAACCAUUAAUCAGCCUUUACAUUCUUCUCCAGAAAGUUUCAGAAGAAAUUCUAUUGACUGUGGCAUUGUCUCAGAACAGCCGAGAAAGAAAUCACAUAAGAAAAAGCAAAAAAGGCAAAAGAAUUUUGAAGAGAACGAAGAUGGCUCUAUCAAAAAGCAUUCUUCUAAAAAAGAAAAGAAAAAGUCUCAUAAAGACGACGAUGAAAAGAAGGCUAGGAAAAAGAGAAAUGAACGUGAAAGUUCAAAUAAGAGAGAUGAAAAAUUGGAAGACAUUUUUGGACCUUUAUCUGAUGAUUCUGAAAAAGCGCUUGGAAAAUGGCAAGUUUCCCAAGUGUACGGUUCGGAUUCUGAAUCUGAACGAGAGAACAUAAGGAAGAAAGAAAAGAAAAUGAGAGACAAAUUUCACAAAGAAGUCGACGAAAGAUAUUUUUCAGGUGAUUUUUUGGGUUCAUCAGAAAACAUGGUCAACUCUAAUGAACACAUUAAAAAGAAGAAGAAGAGGAAGAAGUCUAGAGAUGAAAAAAUUAAACACCAUCAACAAAGAUUAGAAGAAAAAGCUGUCAGCACAAUUCUACCAAAAGAGGAAAAAAAUGAUAUAGUACUUGAACAUCAUAAUGUGAAGGAAGAAACAAAAGAAGUGAUAGUAAAGCAAGAAAUUGAGGAAGUCCGAGAUAUUAAUAUGAUGAUGCAACAUGAAAUUAAAACAGAAAUUAAAGAAGAACAAGACAUCAUUCCUCAACCACCAACCAUUUCUUGCUUGCUGGAUACUCUUCUUGAUAGUCCUCCACCCACCCAAAGCAGUACGCCAAAGAAACCUGACAUUCCUGGAUUCGGUUCAGAAGUCGAUGAAACCAUUCAUGAAACUGCUGUUAAGAGCAUUUCAGAAUCUCCUUGCACGACAUUAGAUGAAUCCGAAAUAAAAUUUAGCGACAAAAGCAAAAAUGAUGAUCAUUCAACUGUUGCUGAAGAAAAACCUACUCCGACUAUUUCACAAGAAGAGACAGAAGAUGCUGUGGCUGCAUUGUUAAUAUCGUUUGGCGGGGGAUUCGAAGGGUACUCUGAAGGUACGCCAAAGCCUGAUACACCUGUGUCAGAACCUGAUCUUCAGAUUGACACCGACACAGAAGAUACCUAUGAUCAAAUAGAUUUUCCAAGGACAUCCAAUGCUCCUGACUCCCCAGGAUCAUUUUACAGGCAUAAUGAAUCCCGAGAAGGUCUAGAAGAGAGGAUCAUGUCUUUAGCUUGUUCCUCAGAAAACCCUUUGAAAGAUGCUCCAAAACUCCAAAUACAUCAUGCAACUGAGUUUAAAUUUGAGAAAAAACUCAAUUCCACACAUUAUGACUCUCAUAAUCAAGAGAAAAGUGUGAUUACUGAGAAACAAAUUGACAUUGAUGAUGCAAUGGAAGUCGACGGGGAAUCGCACAACCAAGUACAAAAUGCUAACAAAGAUUGUAUCCCAGAAAUGAUAAAAGUACAAGAGGAAUCACAAGAUAAGCAGUUAAGAAAUGAGUUUAUUGAAGACGAUUGCAAAUCAACUUCAAUGGAAUCAAAAGAGUCAGAACAAGAGCCUGAAAAAUCAGAAAGUUCUAUGAAAGACAAAGAACCAGAACAGGCACCGGAAGAUACUAAUGUUUCAGGUCAAUCAUUACCGAUAAUUCAAAUUUCAGCACCAAAAAUGCCAGUCCCAGUACCAACUCUUGUACCCCUGAAUAAGCCUGAAGUUCAUAGCGGUCUAUUCCAAAAAGUAGAGGUUGUAACAAUUCAACAACAAUCACCAAAACCCGUCAAUACUGUCCUGGUACAGCAACCGCAAAUACAAACUGCUCAAAUCAUGAAACCACCUUCACAAGAUGAUCUGCCUUUGACAGUUCAGACACCAUCAUCUCCAAAUAGAACUAAUCCAAGCAGCCCUGUUGCUUAUGACCUCAAGGCCUCAACACCUACCUCAUCGAUUUCUACAGCCGAAAACAGUGUAAACUUGUCAGUUUCCUCGAGUGUCGUUGUACAGCCUAAGGUAGCUGAUAGCGUCAAUGUUGUUCAGAAUAAACCUCAGCUUGGACCACCAUUGAUUUCCAAUCAGUUUUCUUCACAAGCGAUCAGACCUGUUACACAUCGGUUACCAUUCCAAUACCCAGUACCUCAGAUGAAGCCGAAUCCGAUUCCCCAAAUACAUCCACCAACUCCUCAAACUCAGCCAGCACAGAUUAAACCUGCACCACAGCCACAACAGCACGUGGUCCAACCUGUUACAAAGCCAUCUGUGAGUCCAUUACCUUCCAACGAAUCGAACUCUGUCCCUACAAAUUUUUCUGUGCACAAUGUCCAAAAGCAACUUAGCGUUGUCACGCAAAACACCCAUAUAACUUCACAACCUGCUGUUAGCCCACAAAAUUUGAAAAUUAACCGACCUAUCGUCACUCUGUCUCCUGUUCAAACUCUUACGAGGCCCCCUCUUAAUACACCCCAGCUUCCUUGCUUGGCGAAUCCAGUCCCUUUGAUACAACCUGUCAAAAUAGAAGAACAUAUUAAAUUACCCACACCUUAUCCUCAGUCCAAGACACAAAUUAUCCCAAAUUCUUUACUCAUUCAUGGUCCUGGGCAAUCUGCACCUCAUCCUGAAAGGGUCAUAAACCUAUCUCCUAGUCAGCCCAUCACCUCUGUCAAUGCCCAAAAGACAUCUGUCAUUAAAAAUUCUCCAAAUGAUCUCACCACAAAUGAUUGGCACUUGAAGAAAGUGGAAAACAAGGGUUUAGAUUUGAAAACAAGAAUGACUGAAAAUGAAAUGAAAAUGCCACUUCAAGAAGCACAGGUGAAAACACACAUCGGCCAUCCUCUGAAAGAACCUCGUAGGACGCCCAGUCCACAGAAUUUGACUAAAGAAAUGACUGAACCUUUGAGUUUACAAACCAAAAAACCCGAUGAUUCCAAACCGUUAAAUGCUGUAAUUCAAGACCUGACAAUGAGAGCCGUUAAUAAAAUGUGGAAGCAAACAGUGCCACAAAAUGAGCAGAAAGUCGAUACGCCAAAACCUAUUGAGCAAGUUGUAAGAGAACUGACAUUAAGGAAGAAGGCUACUGCCAUUGAAAACAAAGAAACCGAACCGAGCAUACCUUUAAAAGAUAAUAACCUCCAAAAUGAACAUUUGAUAAAUGCCAGGAUUGAAUCGGUAAAGUCUGAAAUGAAAUGUAGCAACAACGAUGUCAAGGAGAACCCGACGACUCCUGUACCUUUAGAGAUGACUGUUCAUGAACCUUCCAAAGAGGUUCUCCACCUAGAGAAACAAGAACCAGUAGAAGAAAUGUUAAAAGAAGUCAAAAAGGAAGAAGUCGAAAUCAAUGAAGAAGCAUUAGAAAUAAAACACUCCCCCAUAAGGGAUAAUAAGUCUCCAAUUUUUGAAAAGAAAUCGCCAACAUCUGAAAAGAUAUCACUCAAAUUCACUCCUUCAGAUGAGAGUCCUGAAAUGAAAUCUCCAAAACCACACAAAGAACCGGAGAUUAAUGACACACCAGUAGAAGACAAAACACCAGUGAGAAUAGAAAUGCAGCCAGUGCGUGGAGGUCGUGGAGGAAGGAGAAAAAGAACAGUCGGAAGAGGAGGCGGUGUGUCUACAAGGAGGACAAGGCACAGCAACACUGCACCCACCCCUUCGACCGAUGUUUACGAAUUCAGAGAUGACUCUGAGGAAGAAACGGGACGUCCUAGAUUGAUUCUAACUAUCAAGAGCCCACCUGAGCAACCAGCUCACGUAACCAGAUCUCGUUCACCACAACAGCUUCCUCUCGCUCCUACGAACAACAUGACACCUACUACAACCAGAAAAUCAAGACGUCUGCAGGUCAUUUGUAAUGAUAUUGAGUCAUCCCGUGCAAAGCAGAUUGACAGAGAGAGACCAAAUACUUGUAGAACACGUUCUAAACGACUCCAGAUUAAUUUCCAGGAAAAGGAUGGAAGAAAUACUGUUGACGAUACAAUUGACGAUGUCAUACGAGGAAGACCAGGAAGAAGAGCAACAAGAAGUACAACGCAUAAUCUUGCCCCACCUACUGUACUUGAGACAGUCCGUAAAUCACCGAGACGAAAGCAAAUCGCUCCUCCUCCACCACCUUCUGUCCAACAACCAUCUUCACCUCCUUCUUCUUCUCCUCAACCUAUGACGAUUAUUCCUACACCACCACCGGCACAGUCUACUCCACCGACUCCUACAACAACUGCUCAGCCACCGACAACUAUUAUGACUACCGUGACCAUGGCGCCGGGAGUGCCUUCUUCUCAACCUCAGCACCCCAUGGCUCUAGGGAAAUUAAUAAGAGCUGGAUUGCAACAUUCAGCGACAGAGCCAACUACACUCAUUGAUCCUGUAACCGGGCUUUUGAUUCCCAUGAGGGAAUCAGAAGAAGGUCAAUACAUACCUGUGCACAACGAUCGUGCUUCAGCCAAUAUGGGGAAUGCUGUUCACAAAGAACCUUGUGAAGGAGAACCUCCAGAAAAGCGUCAGCGUAUGAUGCAAGGUGAAGAAGCGGUUGCAAGGACAACUUCUGCUCGUAUGAGUGUUGUUCGGCCUGUUGCUCCUCAGUCGGUUUGCUCAAUCACCGCUGUAUCCCAACCAGCAGCUAAGGUCACUAUGGCAUCUAGUCCCAGUUAUGGAACCCCAAUGGAUACGACAACAAAUCGGAGCACAGCACCAUCUAGUAUGCAUUCAGUUUCCAUACUGUCGCCAAAAGCGCAUUUGCUUCAAGGCGUGGCACCUAGCAGAGUCAAACUACCUCCUCGUGGACCUACUUCGCCACCUGCUCAUUUUCCAAAAGGCCCUACACCUAUGACACCAAAGGCCCUUAUUCUUCAGUCAAUCGGAAAUGCUCAGGCACGAGAAGUAGUUGUUGGAUCACCAGCUCCUCAUCAAGGCUCAUUGCUAACUGGAUCAGUAGCAAGUCCACCUCUUCGAGCACACCAACAGCCAAUGAUUACAGGUGCCAGUAGUGCUCGGGUCCUAAUAAAGGGAUCGCCCUCAGAAGUAGGACAAGGGACCAGACUGGGAGAUGGCAGCUGCAUCGUUCCCGGCACUUCAGCCCAUCCCGCUGCUUCACGUAAUCAGGUCAUGCAAGCCGGAAUGCCCAUUCCUGCCUUUGAGGCAUCACUGCAUGGUGUUGUGGCUGAUCUUCUCCCAAACCCACAAUGGUCCAGCCAAGGUGUACUCCCAGUUGCCCAGCAGCAGCAGGGAGAGAUGGUUAACUAUUCACCUCAUCAUCAUAUGCAGACCGGUACUCAUUACGUCAGUAUGUUCCAACAGAUUUUUGGAGAUUCUUCUAGAAUGGGACCUUAUUCUCGUCCUGGAGGAAUGGUAAAAGUGAGUGAUAUGGAUGACAGAGGAGGGACUGGAGCCCUCUCAUCACCACCACUUGAGCUUCGCCGAGGUUCUCCACACGACAGGGCCACGGAUUCUCCUCAAGUAGCCAAUCUCUAUAUGCAUGGCUCUGCGAGACAUAUAUUUUAUGAAGGGCUACCACCGCAACCUGCCCAAAGACCACAACCAACACCACCAUCGUCAGGAAGGCUUCAAGUGGCCACACCUCCACAUGCGAGUCAAGUGCCACCACAAGCCGAUUCCCUCUUGAUGCUCUUACAGCGUUACCCAGUUAUGUGGCAAGGACUGCUUGCAUUAAAAACCGAUCAGGCGGCAGUCCAAAUGCAUUUUGUUUUCGGCAAUCCUCGUGUUGCAAGUGAUUCACUCCCUUGUAACAGUGACGGUUCCACACCUCCACUCAGGAUAGCCCAGAGGAUGAGGCUGGAACCAUUCCAAGUAGAAGGCGUAGCCAAAAAAAUGCAGACUGACGAUGAACAUUGUACACUUUUGGCUCUUCCUUGCGGCCGAGACCACUUAGAUGUGCUUCAGCAGAGCAAUAAUCUGCAAAACGGAUUCAUAACGUAUUUGCAGCAGAAACAGGCAGCUGGAAUUGUUAACAUCGCUCCUCCUGGUGCAACACAGGCUGCAUACGUUGUCCACAUAUUCCCAGCGUGCGACUUUGCCAAUGAGAACCUAGCAAGAAUUGCGCCAGAUCUGUUUCACAGGGUUGCCGAUCUUGCACACCUAGUGAUUGUCAUAGCAACUGUUUGACUGAAUCGAAUAAUAAUGUGUGACAGUUAUAUGAUAUUUGUCCGGAUGACACCUAAUAGUGAUGAUCUCACACAGCUAUACGAAAACUACACACCGGUUGUGACGUUAAACUAUCCCCAAUCUUGACAAGUGCUCCUCAUCUCCUCAUUAAAUUAAAUU